GGACAACAUUUUCUGGCACCAACAAACUUACAAACAUAUAGAACAAAGCUACUGUUUCCUACAUCUUUAACUAGAGUACUUUAAAAAUGGCAAAGAUGACAAUGAUGGUUUUAUGUGCAGUAGUGACUUGCAUGGUGGUGGCUGCACCCUAUGCAGAGGCUCUUACCUGUGGUCAGGUAUCCAGCAGCUUAGCACCAUGCAUUGGCUACCUAACCAAAGGUGGUGCUGUGCCACCAGCAUGUUGCAAUGGGGUAAAAGGACUCAACAACGCUGCGAAAACAACCCCUGAUCGUCAGGCUGCAUGUGGCUGCUUGAAGAGUGCUUACAAUUCCAUCUCUGGCAUCAAUGCAGGCAAUGCUGCCAGCCUCCCGGGCAAGUGCGGUGUCAACAUCCCUUACAAGAUCAGCCCGGGCACUGAUUGCUCCAAGGUGCAGUAAGGAUAAAUGGCAUGUCUUGGAAUUUUGAGAGGCAAAUAAACUAUAAUAAAAAUAAAGAACACUGUUUUGUUCGAAGAUAACAUACAUGGUUGUUGUGUAUGUCUCUUUGGUUUGUAAUGCCUUUGGCUUAACAUAGUGUUCUUGUUAUAAACCUUUCUUUUUGCGUAAUCGUUUUUAAUUUUUUAUACCUCAACACCGGCCUGCAAAUCAACUGCAUGUGUACAGUCCCAAGUCCAUAUCAUGUUAA